GAGGAAGCAUGACCAGAGGUCAUUUUGUCACACUGGUCACACUGCUGGAGCUUUUCCUGAAGGCCAGCGCCGCCCCGAUGUGUUCCUUCGGACAAGCGGGAUGUCACGUUCCCACGCUGGCCGACGUCUUUGAACGCGUCAUCCAACAAUCAUCCAGGAUGCACGGCAUCUCCGCUGACCUGCACUCGCAAUUUGAGCAGUACCUGUUCCCCAGCAGGAACCACAUGGGGAAGCUCAAGUGUCACACCCAUGACAUCCUGGCACCAGGCGACAAGGAGAACGCACAAAGUCUGGGAAGAGAACAGCUGACUGAAGUGAUCCUCAGGCUGCUGGGGGCCUGGCGUGACCCCUUAUCACAGCUGCACCAGAGCAUGACACAGCACCAGGACCAGGACCAGGACCAGGACCAGGACCAGGACCGGAACCAGGACCGGGACUCUAACCACUACAGCUCCAACAAGGCACUGGAGAUGAGCGACGCCAUUCAGGAGCUGAGGGCCGGAGUCUUGAAAAUGGCAGAGAAGAUGAAGCUUGUGGGCGUGCUCGGCGACAACACGGCAGCUCGCGUCCCUCCCGAGGAAGCGCUCUAUUCGUCUGCCUUUGCCUUCUACAAGAGGGGAGCUCUGAGCUCGGUGGACCCCAAAGACCUGCUCUAUUGCCUCCGCCGGGACUCUGACAAGGUCAAAAAUUACCUGCGCAUCCUGCAGUGCUCCUCGCUGCCAGGACUGCAAUGUUAAGCGUCGUAACGCUCGUCUAAUAUCGUAAUGGUAGUUCG